UCGCGUUUCCAUUUUCAACAGUCUAAAAGCAGAAGAGUAUCGUCUCUAGUUAUAGCCCCGCAAUCUCCAGUCUCACCAGUACCAGUCACUCAUUUCCUCAAAAUCCCCAUCUUUUGGGAGGAUAUCGGAUUCAUUCUUUCUAAUGCCUGCGGAAAUAUAUAACACUGAGCGAUUUGGCCAGCUGUAUUACGCAUCCCGAGCCCCAGCCAGUCUGAACCUUGAUCUUGCGCAACAGUUCAUAACAUCUCUGCUCGAUGCCAGCAGCAUUGACUACGCAUGCAUGGGGGGGUGGGCGCUCCAAAAGAGGGGCUCAACUCGAACUACCACUGAUGUGGAUAUCGUCGUGAGGGCUUCUAUGGAAACUCUACGAACCCUGCUAAUCCAACAAACUCGUGUUUGUUUCCCACAGGCAUAUGGUAGUACGUCGGUUACAAUAUUCGUUCACACUGGGCAAGGAUGGGACAGUGACUGUCCUCAUGUGACGCCUCUGGCUGUGCAUGUUGAUAUUAUCGUUAGUGGCAAUUUGCACACCCCAAUAGAUCUGAGGGGGGUGACAGAACUGAUAUCUACUUCACACGGUUCAGUCAGAAUCCUGAACACAUACUUCCAGACCUAUACCAAGUUUGGGGGCUUCAUGGACAGAGGGUGCAAGGCAGAGAAAGAUUUUGAAGACCUGGUCUUUCUGCUGAGCAAUCACUGGCAGCAGU